UUAAAACAUAAAAAGCCGGCUCGUCGCAUUGGAAAGCAAAUCAGCAACCAGUCUCUUAAAUUUUUUGCUGCAACGAUUUAAGGUUUUGCGUAUUGCACUUUGUAAUUGCGCUGUACAGAGUUACUGAAUUCAUUUCAAAAAACAUGGCCGCUUUAAGUUCUGUGGUUAAUUUAGACACUAUCGAUUUGUAUUCGGCAGCAGCAUCCGUCCAUGGCGAUGGUAGUCUCAUGGUGUCACCGCUGAGCAUUUUGUACUGCUCCAUGCUACUGUAUCUCGGGGCGGGCGGCUCAACCAAAACCAAUCUGGAAUCCAGUUUCCAUCUCGACUCGGCUUUCUACAGCGACCAAUCAGCAGCGCUAUCGGCAUUCGCCGACGGAUUAUCCUACUUCCAAAACGCCACCGGGAAUACCGCCGAUGACUUCCUCAUCAUGUCGCUGGUCAAUGAGAUCUUUGUAUCUAAUGCGGUGUCGCUCAAACCAGACUACCAGAAAUCAGUCGGCCAGUUGCAGUCCAUUGCGCAGACCAAAGACUUCGUCAACAAUCCCGAACAGGCGCGGCAGGACAUCAACGCUGACGUGGCCAAGAACACCGCCAACACCAUACAGAAUUUACUCCCGCAGGGGACAAUCACCCCACUAACGGUGCUCGUUCUGGUCAACACCCUGUACUUUAAAUCAACGUGGAUCAACAAGUUCACCGAAUUCAGCACCGCUAAAGCCGCUUUCACCAUGCUGAACGGCAAUCCAGUGCAGGUGGACAUGAUGCACCAAGUGUCGUCGUUGCGCUAUGUCGAAGACGACCAGCUGGAUAUUCAAUGCGUGGAAUUGCCGUUCUAUUCGCAGAAUGCCUCCAUGUUGAUUCUGCUGCCGCGAAAGACCGCCGGUUUGCGCAACCUCGAGAAAGCCCUGACGCAACAAUCCUUGCAAGCACUGUCGCAAAAAGCCAGUGUGGCGAGAGUGGACUUGUCGCUGCCGAAAUUCACCUUUACCUCCAAUUAUAACCUAAUCCCGAUGCUGAAGAAGAUUGGCGUCAGUGAAGCACUUGAUAAGCUGAAAGCCAAUUUUACCGCGAUGGUCACCGGCAAUCAGCAGUUAUAUGUCAGCGAUGGUAUUCAUCAGACGUUCAUCAGUGUGGAUGAAAAGGGCACCGAAGCUUCGGCGGCAACGGCUAUUGUUGUUUCAACCACCAGUGUUCAAAUCGGAACUCCGGUGUCGUUCAAAGCGGACCACCCGUUCCUGUUCCUGAUUCGAAAUAAUCCUUCAAAGGCCAUUAUGUUUAUAGGAAGGGUGGAGUCAUUUUAAACGACACAAGCAUUAAGAAUUUAAUUAAUUUUUCUAACGAAAUUAAGAGUGCCACCUUCAUAUAGAAUUUUAGAUUACUAUGCCACCGCGUACGUUGAUUCUGAACACUGGCCGGUGGAAAUGUACGAGGUAUUUUGGAAUUUGAAAUCUGGUCUAAUAAUAAAUUUUUUUGCAAAACUCUGUUCAACGUACAGCUUACAUUAUGCACAGUAUCAACAAGCCGCGUAAUACUGUGGCUAUCAGGCAGCGUAAACAGUUACGGA